GUUUGAUGCCUGCUGCUUAGCCCUAAUCGGGGCGGCUCUCGUGUCACUGACAAGAGCUUGACACAAGUCCUCGGCGGAGCCCCUGCAUCGUUGUCUGUCGUUCCCUGCGUCGUUCUCGGACACCCCCUCUUUUGCUCUGCUACACGGUGGCCUCAGUUGUAGAUUUUUUUUUCGUCUUGCGCAUUGCUCAGAGCCGUGUUGAGGUGACUGAGCUGCGUUUUCUACCUGUUCAAGGCAGUGAGGGUCAGGAGUUGAGAGGAGCUCGGUUUUGUUUUGAAACCCGCGUGACGCGAUGUCGGAUGAUGAGGUGAAAGAGGAGAAGGAGCUCGACUUGACGUCGCCGGAUGUCGUCACCAAGUAUAAGUGCGCGGCCGAGGUCGCUAACAAGGCCUUGCAAGCAGUCCUGGCCGAUUGCAAGCCAGGAGCGAAGAUCGUCGACCUUUGCGAGAAGGGCGAUUCUUCGAUUCGCGAUCUAACAGCGCUCAUGUACAAGAACUCCAAGAAAAAAAUUGACAAGGGAGUUGCAUUUCCCACUUGUGUCUCUGUCAACAACACCGUAUGCCACUUCUCGCCUUUGGCCAGCGACGAAUCUGUUCUUGCAGCAAAUGACAUUGUCAAAAUAGAUCUAGGCUGCCAUGUUGAUGGUUUUAUAGCCGUCGUUGCACACACCCAUGUUCUUAGCGAAGGACCUGUAACUGGUCGUGCCGCGGAUGUUCUGGCUGCUGCUCAUACAGCUGCAGAAGUUGCGCUUCGCCUAGUCAGGCCUGGAAAGAAGAACAAGGACGUGACCGAUGCAAUUCAGAAGGUAGCGGCUGCCUACGAUUGCAAGAUUGCCGAGGGUGUGUUGAGUCAUCAGCUCAAGCAGUUUGUCAUCGAUGCUAACAAAGUAAUCCUGAGUGUAUCGAACCCUGAAACGCGUGUAGAUGAUGCCGAGUUCGAGGAAAACGAGGUCUAUGCAAUUGACAUCGUGACCAGUACGGGUGAUGGAAAGCCCAAGUUGUUAGAUGAGAAGCAGACCACAGUGUAUAAGAGGGCUGUGGACAAGAAUUAUCACCUGAAAAUGAAGGCAUCAAGAUUCAUCUUCAGCGAAAUCAAUACCAAGUUCCCUAUUAUGCCUUUCACUGCUAGAGCUCUAGAAGAGAAGAGGGCCCGCCUUGGUAUCGUGGAGUGUGUUAACCAUGAACUGCUUCAGCCCUACCCUGUUCUUCACGAAAAGCCCGGUGACUGCGUAGCCCACAUUAAGUUCACUGUAUUGCUCAUGCCCAACGGAUCCGAUAAGAUAACUGGUCUGCCACUUCAAGAAUGUCAGUCGACCAAAGUUCCCGAGGACCCAGAGAUCAAAGCUUGGUUGGCUUUGGGUACUAAGUCCAAAAAGAAGGGUGGUGGUAAGAAGAAAAAAGGUAAGAAAGGCGACGCCAUGAUUGAGGACUCGUCUGAAACAGCCGCAGAGUCAGCCACAGGAACUACUGAUACAAUGGACACUUCAGCCUAGACUUCACAGAACAGAGUGGAUUGAGAGUCGUACCCAUGCACCAUUUCACGAACCCUAAACUCCGUGCAGUCUAAGUUCCAUCUCUGGUGCUCAUAUUCGUGCACCAUUUCAGUUUUGCUCCUGACUCUAGCGAUAGUCCUGUCUGGUAACCAUACAACCUAUUGGACAUAUCCCGACAAUGCUGUUGCUUGUUCAAAUCCCUGUGCUCCAUCAAGAUGAAAAGCUCUUUUUAAAACCCAAAGAUCAGUGAUCGAGAUAGAUCAGACAUUUGUGAAUCACUUUUUUUGUGAUGGGAUAUGGUUGUUAGUGUUUGAUUUUUCACUGUGUGCUCAAUUUAAAAUUGCGACCAAGGGCACCUAAGCUCAUGGUAAUCAGGGCUGACACAAGGGAUCCUCUCUUGAAUUAGAUCUCAA